AUUCUAAUAAUAUAGAAAAGCUCAUUAUUGUCAGGAAGAAACAGAUAACUAUUAAGCGUCAUAUCAAGAGCAACUUGAUAUCUAAUGACUUAACAUCAGAAGCAACCACACAAAAGCUAACUUUAAGA